AUGAGUACCUUCGAUGAGCAGCAAAAGCUUAUUGACGAGAAGCAACAGCUUUAUGGACCGAUUGACGACUUUUUUAGCCGAGACCCGACAGACGAGAUGGCAAUCCAUGUGUCCACCAUUCUGCUGGUUCCCAAGGAAUCUCUAGAGCACGGCGGCUUCCUCACCUAUAACCAGCCCCCGAUGACUCUGCACAAGAAUUUGAAAAGUGUGGCUAGCCUCUCUACCGAAGACCGCCACCUUGAUCCUCACGAAGCCACUGUGGUUCAACGAAACCUGGCGGAGGAAAACGCAUGCCACCGCCGCGAUGACCACGAAUGUGUUUUCAUGGCUACCGCUGACCCACGCGUAGCCCGCAUAGUUCCAUUUUCAUGGAACAAGAACAAAGCCAAUGUACAUGAAACGAAACAAGUCAUGGGCGCCCCCAAAGUUUUCUUCAACGAUACUAUCUGCGGCAAAUUGAGUGACCUCUUGGCCAACCCUCACGAUCUCGGCAGUUCAGACAAACACUGGAAUAUGAUCGCUUUGAACAUUCAGCUCCUCAAUUAUUGGUCCUUUGCCUGUUGUGGAUUGAAAUGCUUGGGUCUUAGACCCAAAGCCACUCAGGAUCCUGAUGCUCCGGACUCGACAGAGGACUCACCAAAGGUUUCGGGUGAGGCAGAGUGGGAGGUUGUCAUCCAAUUUCAUUGGCUCAAUCGUCGAUGGGCGAAGCCGAACGUUGAAAUGGACUUAACUGGCGACGAGAGCAUGCAGAAGAUGGCGGAAACGCAAAUCAAAUACGAGAAGGCGAGGCGCCCUCCUCCCAUCCCUCAGAAGGGGGACGGGGUAUUCGCUGCCGUACGCGUCAACAAUUGCGUGCCUCUCAUUUCUGGUCAAACCUUCACUCUCACAAUGUCAAAAUGA